UUUCCCAUGCCCAUUCAAAAACUUGUCUUCCCUCGUCAUCUGUAAAUGUCAGAUCAUAAAGCUUUGUAUUGUCAAACGUCUUAACCAUUUUUGAAACUGGUUCUUCGCCUAAAACGAAUGAGCUCCGGUGACUGCCUUCUGCAAGAGAUUCAUAAUCCGUAGUUCACUUUUAGAAACGGGUUGGGAAAGUCAUUCGAAAUGGGUCUCUUCAUUUGUGUCUUCUCCAUGAUUGUAGCAGCAACCCUUUUAAGCCACUGCUCUGUUUCUCUCACUGAAGAUGGUUUAACAUUGUUGGAAAUCAAAAGUGGUUUAAAUGACACUAAGAACGCUCUCAGUAAUUGGAGCCCUUCAGAUGAAUCUCCCUGCCAAUGGACUGGUAUCUCUUGCCAUCCCCAGGACUCUCGUGUCAGCUCAAUUAAUCUACCAUACAUGCAACUGGGAGGGAUUAUAUCUCCCAGCAUUGGUAAACUUAGCAGAUUGCAAAGACUGGCUCUCCACCAAAACGGCUUACAUGGAUACAUCCCCAAUGAACUUGCUAAUUGUUCUGAACUUAGAGCACUGUACCUGAGGGCUAAUUAUCUUGAAGGUGGCAUUCCAUCAAAUAUUGGAAACCUUUCUUACCUUGCCAUACUGGAUCUAUCAAGCAAUUCCUUUAAGGGAAGCAUACCAUCAUCAAUUGGUCGUCUCACACACUUGCGCAAUCUGAAUUUAUCUACCAACUUUUUCUUUGGAGAAAUCCCAGAUAUUGGAGUUCUUAGCACCUUUGGGAAUGACUCGUUCCUUGACAAUCAAGGUCUUUGUGGCCGGCAAGUGAACAAGCCGUGCCAGACCUCACUGGGAUUUCCUGCCGUCUUACCACAUGCUGAAAGUGAUGAAGCUGCAGUUCCUGCAAAACGAUCCUCUCAUUACUUGAAGGGACUGUUGAUUGGUGCAAUAUCGACAGCGGGGUUCGUGUUGGUCGUACUUAUUGUGUUCAUGUGGACUCGUUUGCUGUCAAAGAAAGAACGAACUGCAAAGAGUUACAUGGAAGUUAAGAAGCAAAGAAACUACGAACCAAGUGAGAAGCUUAUUACAUUCCAUGGCAAUCUUCCAUAUCCAACAUGUGAGAUCAUAGAGAAGCUGGAGGGCCUUAAUGAGACACAUGUUAUUGGCUCGGGCGGGUUAGGCACUGUGUAUCGGAUGGUCAUGAAUGAUCGUGGAACAUUUGCUGUAAAGAAAAUAGAUAGGACUCAGGAUGGUUCAGAGCAAGUAGUUGAAAGAGAAUUGGAGAUAUUGGGAAGCAUUAAACACAUAAACAUAGUGAAACUGCGUGGCUAUUGCAGGCUUCCUUCUUCAAAGCUUCUGAUAUAUGAUUAUCUGACAGAGGGUAGCUUGGAUGAUUUCUUGCACGAACAUGGAGCCGGAAAGUGUUUGGAUUGGAGUGCUCGGUUAAACAUAGCGCUCGGCACCGCUCGAGGACUGGCAUACUUGCACCAUGAUUGCUGUCCAAAGAUUGUGCACUGCAACAUAAAAUCCAGCAACAUUCUUCUUGACGAGAACUUAGAGGCGCACGUAGCUGACUUUGGUCUUGCAAAGCUUUCGGUUGAUGGGGAUUCCCAUAUCACAACAGUCGUUGCUGGCACAUUUGGUUAUCUGGCUCCAGAAUACUUGCAAAGUGGGAUAGGAACUGAGAAGUCUGAUGUUUAUAGCUUUGGAGUGCUGUUGCUGGAGCUUGUAACAGGGAAGAGACCAAGUGAUGCAUUUUUCUCAAAGAGGGGCCUAAAUGUUGUUGGUUGGUUGAACACCCUGAGAGGGGAAGACCAAUUGGAGAACAUAGUGGAUAAUAGGUGCAAGAAUGCAGAUGUGGAAACAUUAGAAGCAAUUCUCGAAAUAGCGGCGAGGUGCACUAAUGGCAACCCGGCUAUGCGGCCUACAAUGAACCAAGUACUGCAGCUGCUAGAGCGAGAGGUUAUGUCGCCCUGCCCGAGCAAUUACUCCGAGUCUCACUCGGAUUAUUCAUGAAUGUAAGCAACUUUGAGGUCUAACAAAGUUCCCUUCAAAUAGUUUUCAUCAACCCACGUUGUUGUCGGGAGGGAGUUGAGUUUCAUGGAAGUUUCUUCAGUCUAUUGAUGACAGUUCCUGUGAUUUUGGGUUUCCUUCUUAUUUGCCUUCCCCCGACUUCUUCCUCUGGCGAUUGUUCUUUUGACUGAGGGAUGGCUUUACGUGCUGCAACAACAAGUGCAGUGCUAUCCCAAAUGCACAAUCGACUGCCAUCCUUGUGACCUCUUUUGACCUCUUUUGGGCCAGCCUCCUAGGCUUUGAUACCAUGGGAUCUCAUGAUCCACCUCCUUUCGGGCCACCCUCUUAGGCUUUGAUACCAUUUCGUUCAAGCUACAAAUGAUCUAUUAUUGAAAAGUUUCUUCAAUUUCA